UCACACAGAAACAGACGCCGACUGCGGUGUGUUCACGUACAAACCCGCAGGACAUUUGCUGAUAUUUCUCACUUCAAUGUACACUGAAUGAUUCCCAAUUGAUGCAACUUCCAGAAUGUGCCCAAUUGCUCCUCCCUUUCAUCUGUACCAUUAGAUGAACUGCAACUGUAGCUGAAAUAGUUUUUAAUGUGGAACCUUUAGCCACGUUAAUACCUUCAUCUACCAGCUAUAGAGAGUAAGAGAUGAGUUUUUGUCAGUGUCGUGGAUGUUCUGCCAUGCAUGGGUAUUGAUCCGAUCCGUCACUUGGGGUGAUACAACUUGAAAGGGACAUCAGUCGGAGAGGUGACCUCAGGCUGCUGGUGACCCCUCACUCCUGGCAAUCAGAACUGCUCAGAGCGCUUCACUGCAUGGCUGGCAAUAGGCAAGGCGGGAAAUCUGGUGUCAGCUAACGACAAACAGAGGACGUCUGCCAACCUUUACUCACUUGACUGAGGCUGUCAUUCACACAACGGGAAACAGACACCUUUGAUCGCAAUUAAUGACUUCAUAUUGUGUGAUUGAGUUCAUUUUCCACCACUGUGACACGUGGGUAACCCACGCCUGUGGAACUGUGGCCUAGCAACAGAUUACAGCUCAUGUGAUGUAACAACUCUUGUGAUAUCCAAGCAGCUCAAAGUGUCAUGGACUAAAACAUCAGGCAGAAUCUGGAAGGCAGUUUCCUUGAGAAGAACUCUUCAAAACUAAACAUUUCCUCAAUGGAAGAGACAAAAGAAAGGCACGUUCGACAUUUUUGACACAUAAACCUGUAGAGGCCCAUUAAAGGAUGGUACUUGCUGAAGAACUCUAAUCGGCACUUCAACAUUCUGGCAAGUUCUUAAUUGGACAAAGUGAGGAUAGUAAUUGCCACAACCUGGAAAGCUAGGUCUGAGUCAUAUUCUGACUGUGACAAGUGGACCUAAUCUGACCUCCUCUGUUGCCCUGCACACUGCGAUCUGGGGAAUUAAGACCGGUAUUGAUUGUCUGACCACUGUCCAACAUGAUCUGAGACAGUGCUGAAACUCAGAAUUGAGAGGCAUUUUUCUUGCCUUCAAACUGUCUGAAUCUGAUGCUAUGACAGCUUUAUAAAUUGUGGAGAAAGCCCCCUUACAGUAUACACCGACGAUGCUGGGAAUCUAUUAGCCCUACAGGUUUUCCUGAACUGAUGCUGAACAAGACACACAUUGACACAAUUGGACUCACACAUGUGACAACUUAAGGAGAGCUACAUCCAAAUCAGAUUCCCUGAAAAUCAAUAUUCUUCAGAAAAAUUCCCGUUGUAUGAUUGCCAUUGGGAAAGAUAGAGACCACUGCUUCCAUUCUUCCUUCAGGAACUCAGUGAGUAACACAGAGGAAAGUUUACAACGGGACAAGGGUGUCGUGCUACACAGGGAGUUUGAUGUGUUGUCCUAUCAGUGUAGCCUGCCUACCUACUUGUGUGUGACAGAUCCGGGACGGACACAUUUGUAACACUGCCACCACGGAAGUACUAACAUUGAGAUAUUGACUUUUAUCAGGAUCGGAUUCUAUAACUACUUAUUCAGGUCAGUUCUCAUUAAAACUGAUCAUUCUCACCAAUAACAUUUCCUAACUCUAGAAUUUAAUUAUUGACAUACAAUUGGAAUAUAUACUUGUAUUCAUCUGUUGGAAGGUUUGAAGUGAUCAUCUGUUAAAAGAUUUGAAGUAACUUUAUGCUGAACCAGUGAUUAUAUCAAACACAGAUCACCACAAUAUUUCAAAUUGUCAUAUGUGAAAAAAGAAGCGGCUAUAUGACAAUGAAGAUGCCCUAUUUCGUGUUGUACCCGAAGAAUGAUUUUCCGUUCCUGAUCCCACCUCUGAAGCACUGCCUGACCACCCAUGCAUUGUGUACAAAUGGCCUCCAGCCAGCUAACACCACCCUGUACUGGAUGGAGAUCAGUGACUAUUUCUGCUUCCUGGCACUGCCUGUCAUCAUCUCCUUCGCCUUCGUCACCGAGAUCAUCAGCAUCAUCGUCUUGUCCAAGCAGAUUAGGAUGUCCCUAGACACGUACCUGCUGGGCCUGUCUAUAGCAACAAUACUCCUUAUCUGUUGCACAGUGGUGUUAGUGCUUCAACACUACAUAGGUUACCAUCCCGUGCUUACCUACAUCCAGGGCUAUGCCAUAAGCUGCCGGGACUGGUUUUGGUACACUACUAUAUGGCUUAUUGUGAUGAUGAGCUUUGAGCGGGCACUCACCGUGUCCGCAACCCGCUCUAGCACCCUGUGUACUUCUGCUCAAGCAGGUGUUGUGGUUGUGAUGGUGUUUUGUGUAGGUCUUGUAAGCGCCUUACCAAGAUUCUGGGAAUACGCAGCUACAGGUGUUUUUGAUUCCUCACGUAAUGUCACAGUUCUCAUUUCAGAAAAGACGGAGUCAACAACCACGCCAGAGUACAACACAAUGUAUUUCUGGUAUGUUAAAACUAUAACGCUAUUUCUCCCUUAUUUCAUGAUGCUUUCAAUCUCCAUAACCCUCAGUUGUAGGACCAGACGUUCCACCAUGACACGGCGCUACAUGUCUGUCAAACACUCCAGCGGACUAACUCUAAACCGUAAGAUUAAGGAGGAAAUAGCCUUGUCGAAACUUUUAAUUCUGAUAAUCAGUGUGUAUGUGAUAUUCACCACACCAUUCUGUCUGCUGGACCUGCUAGCGUAUGCCCUGCCGGGCUGGAUUAGUUCGGACAGUCGUAUGUUUGCGAGUCUGUACAACCUGUUCAGUGUCAGCUUCUUUCUCCACUAUGCCCUCCAUCUUAUCCUUUACUUCUGUUACAAUAAACAGUUCCGUCUGACGCUCCUGGCCCUAUGCUGCUGCUGUUGUUGAUGAUGCAGCAGCAUGGGUCAGACUGUCAAGCCAUGAACAGACCAUCCCAUACACCUCACUACCAUCACACAAGGAAUUGCUGUAAGGCAAAACUUCUCACUGUCCAGACCUUCUGGAUUACACAAGAUAAAAAAAAUAGAAGUACUUCCUUUUCACAUAUGCCUGUGUAAUAGCUACAUGGUUAAAUUGUUAGAUGUUUAUGUUAAGAACUGGCAAGGAAGAGAUACAAAGUGAAUUGAAAAUUGAAAAUUUGACAUUAAAAAUCAAAGUACUUUUUUACAUUUUUCAUCAACCAAGAAAUACAAAGUGCAAUCUGUUCAUAUAUUCAUUGCCAUCGAUAAUUUCAAUUGUUGUACUUUGUGCGUGAGAGAGCUUUGCGAGCCUAGCUAGCAGUGUAUGAAUGAGGCUGAUACACGAAACAAAGCAAAUGUUUUGAUAGUGUAAUGGUUUAGAUUUGUGUAGUCUAGAAAUUUACAUUAAUGCUUUUAAACUGUUUUGUUACAUCAGCCCUUAUCACAAGCAAUGGCUACAAAUGCUGACACAUACUCCAAAAUGUUUUUGAUAUAUAUUUUUUAAAUUCUUCAUGCCUUUUGUUUUAGACAAUCAUAUUUUUUCCAAAGGUUGUUACGACAAGGUUCACUUCAUGUCUGUAUUAUGUACAAUAAACAUUGGAAACUA